AAAAUUAUUCUAUUGGAAAUUAAUUAAUUCCAAUUGUUAAAUUGUUCUUUUCUCUCAAUUAGAUUAAGUGACCAUUUAAUUAUUGUUGAUGAUCUAAUUUAAACAAAUUAAUUAUUCCAUCAAAUUAUUCUAACAAUUGUGAGUCGUUUUGAUGAGUUGUCUUUCCAUACGAUUCAUUGGUUCCAAUAAAAUUAAUUGGUUGCGUUAUUUUAAGACUAUGAUCUCCAGUAAGACUUCAAGUGGUUCAGCUCUAAAAGGUGAUACCAUUGAUCAAUUUAUAAGGCCAAUUGUGAUCUGUGGACCUUCAGGUUCAGGCAAGAGUUCACUGCUUAGGCGACUCAUUAAUGAUUAUAAAGAUUAUCUUGGAUUUACAGUAUCUCAUACAACUAGGAAACCUCGUGAAGGGGAAAUUAAUGGUAGAGAAUAUCAUUUCAUCGAAAGAAACUCAAUGGAAAAAGCGAUAAAGGAAAAUGAAUUUAUAGAAUUUACUGAAUUUUCUGGAAACCUUUAUGGAACCAGUAAAAAAGCCAUGGAACAUGUUCAAAAAAAUGGAAAAAUUUGUAUUCUUGAUCUGGAGAUUGAAGGAGUUAAGAAUAUGAAGAAAUCCAAUUUCAGGCCAUUGUUCAUUUUCGUGAAACCACCGAGUCUAGAGGCUUUGGAACAACGAUUGAGAGACCGAGCAACCGAGUCCGACGAAAACAUAGAACGACGUUUGAAAAGAGCCAAAGAAGAUCUGAACAUGGAAGGAAUCGAAAAUUAUUUCGACCUAAUCUUGAUCAAUGAAGAUCUCGAUCAAGCUUAUGCUGCUCUCAAGAAUUUCAUUCAACCGGUUAUUGGAACUCUUCAAGUAAACCAAUGAUUGUCUCUGCGAGAAAAAUACCAAACCUCUUCAAUGGUCAUUUCGAUGAAGGUCAAUUGAUUUAAUUAAACUUUGGUACCUUAAACUUUCAAACUGAUUAGUUGUCUCCAAAUAAAUGUAAGCCUUUAUUUACUAAA